AUGUCUGCAAGAGACCGUCUUUCCUCCCUAUCCUCACAAAUCAUGGGUUCCUCCAGUCCUUCAGUAUUCACCGCAGCCCGGGUGGCGGCCGCCCCCGAAGAUCCUUUGUUCGGUCUUAUGAAGGCCUAUCGCGAGGACCCCUCCGAUAAGAAGGUCGAUCUGGGCAUUGGCGCCUACCGGGAUAACAACGCGAAGCCCUGGAUUCUGCCCGUUGUCAAGAAGGCCGAUGACGCUAUCCACAACGAUCCCACCGUCAACCACGAAUACCUCGGAAUCGGUGGUCUCGCCGAGUUCACAUCAGCGGCUCAGAAACUCAUCGUCGGUGCAGACAGCCCUGCAAUCCGCGAGAAGCGAAUCUGCUCCCUGCAAACCAUCUCAGGCACCGGCGCCGUCCACCUCGGCGGCCUCUUCCUCGCCAAAUUCCACCCCCAAAACCCCACAAUCUACCUCUCCAACCCAACAUGGGCCAACCACCACCAAAUCUUCAGCAACGUCGGCCUAAAAAUCGCCAAGUACCCCUACUUCCACGUCCAAACCAAGGGUCUUGACUUCGACGGCAUGCUCUCCGCCCUCCAGUCCGCCCCCGAAGGCUCCGUCAUCCUCCUCCACGCCUGCGCCCACAACCCCACCGGCGUCGACCCAACCCAAGACCAAUGGAAGCAGAUCGCCACACUAAUGCGCGCCCGCUCGCACUUCCCCUUCUUCGACACCGCCUACCAAGGCUUCGCCUCCGGCGACCUGGUCCGCGACUCUUGGGCCAUCCGCUACUUCGUCGAGCAGGGCUUCGAGCUGUGCGUCGCGCAAUCCUUCGCCAAGAACUUCGGCCUCUACGGCGAGCGCACGGGUGCUUUCCACUUCGUCUCCGCUCCCGGUCCGGACGCAGCUCUCUCUUCCGCACACGUUGCUUCGCAGCUGGCUAUCCUGCAGCGCUCGGAGAUCUCGAACCCGCCUGCGUAUGGCGCGCGCAUUGCCAGUCGCGUGCUGAAUGAUCCGGAGCUGUUUAAGGAGUGGGAGGCGGAUUUGAGGACGAUGAGUGGGAGGAUCUUGGAGAUGAGGAGUGGGUUGCGGGAGAGGUUGGAGAAGCGUGGGACGCCUGGCUCGUGGGAUCAUAUUACCUCCCAGAUUGGCAUGUUUAGUUUUACUGGCUUGUCUGAGGAGCAGGUUAUGAAGUUGCGGACUAAGUGGCAUGUUUACAUGACGAAGAAUGGUCGCAUUUCCAUGGCUGGCCUCAACACGAAUAACAUCGACUACUUCGCCGAGGCAGUCGAUAGUGUUGUACGCGAGUCUGCUUAG